CACCUUCGUCAGAUCCGGGUCACGUGACGCGAUUAGCCCUGCAGCCAGGGUGAGCUCAGCUUUCUGCAGCUACAAACAUUUCGGAUGCUAGCUAGCGCCUAUUCCGGUGAUUUGUAUUACCUCUGAUUCAACUUAAUAUAUUAACUUCCCAAAAAGUAUUUUCUGAUAGACUAAUCUUAGAGCUACAUAGUACGGGGUUGUGCUGUUGGCCAUAUUAAGACGUUUUCUCUGUGCUAGCUAGCCAAGGUUAGCGCUGCAGCUAACGGUAACAUCAACAUGAAUAUUGACAACGUUAAUCAAUCUGUCACAACUGGAGUGUCAUCCACGACUUCUUCAACUUCAAGUAACUGUAUCGCAAAUGAUAAUGCAACAACCAACGUCAGCAGCAUCCCGUCGGUCACGAGUAAUGCUCCACCCGCACCGGCCAUGGUGACACCAUCAGCAGACUCAUCCGUCUCCAACGGCGUGUAUGUUCCUGGCGGCAUCACCAAUGGAGAUGUGAAGCCUGCCCUUGCGACCAUGCCGCUGGCAGACUUCCUAAUGCAGCUGGAGGAGUAUACUCCCACAAUUCCUGAUGCAGUUACAGGUUACUAUCUUAACCGAGCUGGCUUUGAGGCUUCCGAUCCAAGAAUAAUCCGUUUGAUCUCCCUUGCUUCUCAGAAGUUUAUCUCAGACAUUGCCAAUGAUGCGCUGCAGUACUGUAAAAUGAAGGGCACUGCCUCAGGAAGCUCGAGGAGUAAGACAAAGGAUAAGAAGUACACUCUGACUAUGGAGGACCUGACUCCAGCCCUUACAGAAUAUGGCGUGAAUGUCAAGAAACCAUAUUACUUUACAUAGAACUGUCUUUCUUUAAGCCAUUUUGCUUUUGCUAGGUUUAUCUCCCUGCUGACCAACUACAGUCUGUCAACACCUUUAUUGCUAAAUGUUUUUUUUAUCUUGGUGCUUUAGUACAGCUUUGACAAAUCUUUGUAGUCACUCUGCCAUUUGUUAUUUUUUUGUGGAGCCACCUUUGCAUUAUGUUUAAUUGUAUGAUUAUGUUUUAUUGUGAAAAUAAAACCUUUAACAGAAA